ACUUAAGGAAAUUUGCUAGCCAUAUCUUUUAAAGCAGUUCAGAUACGAUUGCCAAACACUCAACCCCCUAAAGUAUCUGACGACCGCUCCCGCAAAACUGGCUAUACUAUGUCCCGCCAUCCGCGCUGUUCACAUCGUCGUUUUCGUACACCUCACUCUAGAGUGAGCCGUCAGCAACAGGCCCUUCUCGGGGUUGGGGCACAAUUCGGAUGCAGGAAGCUGGACUAUACAGAGGUGGCCUUCGCCCUGGACGAGUUACGAAGCAGCCCACUAGAUAUCUCGCAACUGCUCAGAGCCGUGCUUGACCGGUCACUUGCUACCGGUGACUUUCGGAUGAUUUUGCUGGAGUCUAACAUAGUAGCGAGUUUGUCUCUUAGGAGUACUCGUGAAAGAAACAUCAAAGCACAUCGGCUUAGGUUAAUGCUUAAUUUGACCUAUUAGCGCGAAUAUGGUUCUCUAGUUGGGUAUGAGGACACCGGCUUACCUAGUCAGCCCAGAAUUCUAGCUAUGGUAUUAUAGCAUGAGGUUACUAUAUCGGAGAGCUUUCUUUGGAUGAAUGUCAACGAGCAAGAACAACUUCCAAUUAGAAGGAUUGAAUUGCACAUAAGGUUGUGCUUCGCAAGGCCCUCACAGGACAGCAAUGAAUACAUAGCGAGAUUCGGACUUGGAGCCAGCAGCCAGCUAAUUCUUACAAGAGAAGGUCAGCUGGAUAGCUAUUCUAUCUAUAUUUCCUCUUGUCUUGGAAAUGGGCAUGGACACUCCUAUAUCAAGGGGUAGUACGAUAGCUUAUAGUUAACCACGUC